CAGCACAUCCUGUUUUCGUUGGCCGCGCUCUGAUGGUGGUCACUGCCGGACCUCUGGCCACUUCGUAGGGCCGGUCCUCACUCGGCACCGUGAGGGCUUGGUGCCCCCCUCCUUUGUCCUCUUGACAAGCCUGCGCAUCGUUCCUCAGGGCGCAGAACUUCUGGCGGCCGGCAGCAUGGGCCGGGAGUCUCGCCACUACCGCAAACGAUCGGCAUCGCGAGGACGUUCUGGAAGUCGGUCUAGGAGUCGCUCACCCUCUGACAAAAGAAGUAAACGUGGAGAUGACAGACGUUCUAGGAGUAGAGAGAGAGAUAGAAGGAGAGAGAGGUCUCGGAGUAGGGACAAAAGAAGAUCACGGUCAAGGGACAGGAAGCGCCUGAGGCGUUCCAGAAGUAGAGAACGAGACAGAAGCCGAGAGAGAAGAAGAUCUCGGAGCCGAGAUAGGAGGCGCUCAAGGAGUAGAAGCCGGGGUCGGCGAUCCCGGUCCUCCAGUCCUGGCAGCAAAAGCAAGAAGGCUGAGAACAGGUCUAGGUCCAAAGAGAAGGCAGAAGGUGGGGACAGUUCCAAAGAGAAGAAGAAAGACAAAGAUGACAAGGAGGAUGAGAAGGAAAAGGACGCUGGGAACUUUGACCAGAAUAAACUGGAGGAAGAAAUGAGAAAACGAAAAGAAAGAGUUGAAAAAUGGCGAGAAGAACAGCGUAAAAAGGCCAUGGAAAACAUAGGGGAACUGAAGAAGGAAAUUGAAGAAAUGAAACAAGGGAAAAAGUGGAGUUUAGAAGAUGACGAUGACGAUGAAGAUGACCCUGCAGAAGCCGAAAAGGAAGGGAAUGAAAUGGAGGGUGAGGAGUUGGACCCAUUAGAUGCCUACAUGGAAGAAGUGAAAGAAGAAGUGAAGAAGUUUAACAUGCGGAGCGUGAAAGGCGGCGCAGGAAAUGAAAAGAAGUCUGGACCAACAGUCACAAAAGUUGUUACUGUGGUAACAACCAAAAAAGCAGUGGUAGAUGCUGAUAAGAAGAAGGGAGAGCUGAUGGAGAAUGACCAGGAUGCCAUGGAGUAUUCUUCAGAGGAGGAGGAAGUUGAUCUUCAGACGGCCCUCACAGGCUACCAGACAAAACAGAGAAAACUUCUAGAACCAGUUGAUCAUGGAAAAAUUGAAUAUGAACCAUUCAGAAAAAAUUUUUAUGUUGAAGUUCCAGAACUAGCAAAAAUGUCUCAGGAGGAGGUGAAUGUGUUUCGAUUGGAGAUGGAGGGCAUUACAGUUAAAGGAAAAGGUUGUCCCAAACCAAUUAAAUCAUGGGUCCAGUGUGGAAUUUCCAUGAAGAUAUUAAAUUCCCUGAAAAAGCAUGGCUAUGAGAAGCCCACACCAAUCCAGACUCAAGCAAUUCCUGCUAUAAUGUCUGGACGAGAUUUGAUUGGCAUUGCCAAGACAGGAAGUGGAAAAACCAUUGCCUUUCUUUUGCCCAUGUUUAGACACAUCAUGGAUCAGAGAUCAUUAGAAGAAGGAGAGGGGCCAAUAGCUGUCAUCAUGACUCCAACUCGAGAACUGGCUUUACAAAUCACUAAGGAAUGUAAGAAGUUUUCGAAGACCUUGGGACUCAGAGUGGUCUGUGUGUAUGGAGGGACAGGAAUCAGCGAGCAGAUUGCUGAGCUGAAAAGAGGUGCUGAAAUUAUUGUCUGCACACCUGGUCGGAUGAUUGACAUGUUAGCCGCUAACAGUGGUCGGGUCACAAACCUUCGAAGAGUGACUUAUGUAGUUUUAGAUGAAGCGGACAGAAUGUUUGACAUGGGUUUCGAACCACAGGUUAUGCGCAUUGUGGAUAAUGUUCGUCCUGACCGACAGACAGUUAUGUUUUCAGCUACUUUCCCUAGAGCUAUGGAGGCUUUGGCCCGAAGGAUCCUGAGCAAGCCCAUUGAAGUUCAGGUUGGAGGCAGGAGUGUGGUUUGCUCAGAUGUGGAACAACAAGUGAUUGUGAUUGAAGAAGAAAAGAAAUUCUUGAAAUUACUUGAGCUUUUAGGCCAUUAUCAGGAGUCAGGAUCUGUCAUUAUAUUUGUGGAUAAGCAGGAACAUGCUGAUGGUCUUCUGAAGGACUUGAUGAGAGCAUCUUACCCUUGCAUGUCUCUUCACGGAGGUAUUGAUCAAUAUGACAGGGACAGCAUCAUAAAUGACUUUAAAAAUGGAACCUGCAAACUCCUCGUGGCCACAUCUGUUGCUGCUCGAGGUCUAGAUGUGAAACAUCUAAUUCUUGUAGUAAAUUACAGCUGCCCCAACCAUUAUGAGGAUUAUGUGCACAGAGCUGGACGGACUGGAAGGGCAGGUAACAAAGGUUAUGCCUACACUUUCAUCACAGAGGAUCAAGCUCGCUAUGCUGGUGACAUAAUUAAAGCUCUUGAAUUGUCAGGGACGGCGGUGCCUCCUGACCUGGAAAAACUCUGGAGUGACUUCAAAGACCAGCAGAAAGCAGAAGGAAAAAUUAUCAAAAAGAGUAGUGGUUUCUCUGGGAAGGGAUUCAAGUUUGAUGAAACAGAGCAGGCUUUAGCCAACGAGAGGAAGAAGUUACAGAAAGCUGCUCUUGGCCUGCAGGACUCAGAUGAUGAGGAUGCGGCAGUCGAUAUUGAUGAACAGAUUGAAAGCAUGUUUAAUUCAAAGAAGAGAGUAAAGGACAUGGCUGCACCCGGCACAUCUAGUGUGCCUGCCCCAACUGCAGGCAACGCUGAGAAGCUAGAGAUCGCCAAGAGGCUGGCUCUUCGGAUCAACGCUCAGAAGAACCUGGGCAUCGAGUCUCAGGAUGUGAUGCAGCAAGCCACCAAUGCCAUCCUCAGAGGGGGCACCAUUCUGGCUCCCACGGUGUCUGCAAAAACCAUCGCUGAACAACUUGCUGAAAAGAUCAAUGCCAAGCUCAAUUACGUGCCUUUGGAGAAACAGGAAGAGGAGAGACAGGAGGGUGGCCAGAGCGAAUCUUUCAAGAGAUAUGAGGAAGAGUUAGAAAUUAAUGACUUCCCACAGACGGCGCGGUGGAAGGUCACCUCCAAGGAGGCCCUGCAGAGAAUCAGUGAGUACUCUGAAGCCGCCAUCACAAUCAGAGGAACCUACUUCCCUCCUGGCAAAGAGCCCAAAGAAGGAGAGCGCAAGAUUUACUUGGCGAUUGAGAGUGCCAACGAACUGGCUGUGCAGAAAGCGAAGGCAGAAAUCACCAGGCUCAUAAAAGAAGAACUGAUCCGACUGCAAAAUUCGUAUCAACCAACAAAUAAAGGACGAUACAAAGUAUUAUAAACAUCUUGGAGCCACUUUGUACCUGUGCUGGUCUGUGAAGUUUACAAUGUAUUGUAAAGUAAGACUUUGAAAAUUCUGUCUUGCUUAUUUUUUAAAUACAAGAAACAAGUGUUUGUUACAGAAAUUGUCUGUCAGUAAGUACUGCCCCACACUGAUCCAAACUCCAUUUUAAUCAGACUUGUUUUCAGAGUGUGAUGUUCUUAAUGUAAACCUUAGAUACCAAUAGUUUAAGUGUCUGGAAACAUUGGGGUUUUGUGUUGAAUGUAGUAAUAAAGUAUGUCAGUCACUAAGGGGCCACUGACCUCUCCUCUUUUACUGAAAUUGUGAUGUGAUCAGCUCCUAAGAAAAGAGAGAAGUCCUUGUCAUAUUUUAUUGCCACCUUUUAAGCUUAAAUCUUAUUUGACUGAAUGGAACAUGUGAACUGGAUCUAAGAAUGUUAUAGUAGAUGUUUACAAAAUAGGUUCAGAGUUUUCUAAUUUUAUCUUCAGAAAUAAGUAGUAGUUGGUUUGCCUUUGGUUUUGUAAAAUUAAACAUAAGCAGCACUA